AUGGCCUAUUCGCCCUCACCGCACAUUGCAACUCUAGCAGUAGCUGGCAGCUCCUCUCGAUUUCACCGUCACUCACCAUCCCCACCUUUGCAACACCCUAUUUCCAAGCGAGACAAGAAGCGAAACGUCAUGGAGAACCGCCUCGCUGAAAUAAGCAGCUCUUUCGCCGAGAAUCGCGACCACCUCUACCGCAAGCAGCUACAGGCUUUACAAGCAGACAUGAAUUACAUUCAAGCUGCACGUCUCUACGAUAAUCUGCCGUUGGACGAGAUUGGAGACGAAGGACCGGAGGAAACCAAUGCAAGUCCUGCUGCCAGCACAGCGGGUAGUCUUCGAAACGCCCAUCAAGCCCAUCUGAAUGGCCAUACGAGGCUCGAAGCCCCACAAAAGACUGGGCCACAGACUGCUGAGUUUAUACAAGAGAUCAACGAUGCCAUGGAACAGAGGGACGCAGAUUUGACUACCGUCGUGUACCGCCACAAUUUCCGAAUCAGAGAAGUGCAGAAAGAUAACAUGUAUAACGUGGAGGUCGCACUCAAAGAGCAUCGCCUCUUGACCGAGAACGUGCGCCAACGUCUGAUCCAUAGCGUCAACCAGAAGAGAUCGGCAUUGCUCAAAGAUAAGGAAAAGCUUGAUAUUGCUGAUACCAAUGCGCUUCUGUUCCAUCCGAAUCAGUUCAGCAUCAACAACUCUGCAAGCCCUGGAGGCCCCCACAGCAAUCGCAAGACUCGCCACGCUCGUCACCGCCUCGAGGCGGAGGAACUUGAGCCCGUUGGUGGAGCGAACAACAAGCGAAAGCGCAAAGCGAUUAUAGACAUCGAGAAUGGCUCUCCUGGACCCGUUGGACGUGACACCGAGCCAACCAAUCCACUCAAGGAAGCUAACGCCAGACUUGAAGCUCACCAAGCCUCUACUCCACUCUACUCUGUCGACCGCCUUUUCUCUGCUCGAGAGUUGGAUGUGAACCUCCAACAGGCUUGCUACGAUGUCAUCGCGGAGCAAAGCGCCAAGCGUCGUAGAAUCAAUGCCGACAGCCAGACUAACGGAGCUUCCACGGAUCCCUUCGCUCACGCCCUAAGCGAAUCAGACGAUGGUUUUCCGCAGCCUGAGUAUGGCGCAGAUGGUGAAGCUGAAGAUUUCCUAGCCGCAGCGGCGAUGAUGGAGCGCACUAACACUCAGACGUCGACUCAAUACCACACUACGCGUUCUACCCGCAAAACCAACCUUAGCAACAGCCAAUCCGCACGUGAGCAGCUCGGCGAACUUGCAGGUCGUGAAGCUGCAGUUCCUUACAUUGGGACCUAUUCGAAAGAGAAGAAGCGUGAGGAAGAAUAUCAGCGUGCGCCGCCUUUGAGUGAGCUGGAUGCGGAGUCAGACAUGGCUUUGUACGAAGCAGCCAUGAAGGAUGAUGACGCCACUAGGGGAGCGAAUGAGAAGCUGCUGGACGAGGUGGUCGAAGAGCUGGAGGAUCACGUCGGUACGCCAAUCGAGGAGAAGAUAAACUCUUUCUGCCGGGCCGAUCUUGAGGUGGAGGCUGCGUGA